UUUCUCUUUGGUUAAUUUGUGCUUUUUUUCUCAAGUCAACUCAAAUAUGACUUUCCUCAUUGCCCAAACUGACCAUGAAUUGGAGAACAAAAAGGCAUACUCUGAUGGUGUAUUUGUUGUCCCAGGCAACAAUGCAUUUGGCAACUCAUUCAGGGAUUAUAGUGCAGAGACUGAACGCAAAAAGGUCGUGCGUGAACUCUAUCGCCAGAGUCACAUUAACCAAACAUAUGAUUUUGUGAAAAAGAUGAGAGAGGAAUAUGGGAAGGUGAAUAAAGUGGAGAUGAGCAUAUGGGAAUGUUGUGAACUUUUGAAUGAAGUUGUGGAUGAUAGUGAUCCUGAUUUGGAUGAACCACAAAUUGAACAUUUGUUGCAAACUGCUGAAGCUAUUAGGCAAGAUUAUCCUAAUGAAGAUUGGUUACACUUAACUGGCCUUAUUCAUGAUCUUGGCAAAGUUCUUUUGCUUCCUAGCUUUGGAGGGCUUCCUCAGUGGGCUGUUGUUGGUGACACAUUCCCCCUUGGUUGUGCUUUUGAUGAAUCAAUUGUGCUUCAUGAGCAAUUGAAGGGAAAUCCUGAUAACAACAAUCCAGCUUACAACACGAAAUAUGGAGUUUAUUCUGAAGGAUGUGGGCUUAAUAAUGUGGUGAUGUCUUGGGGCCAUGAUGACUACAUGUACUUGGUAGCUAAGGCAAAUAAAACUACUCUUCCAUCUGCUGCAUUGUUCAUCAUUCGAUAUCAUUCCUUCUAUCCUCUGCACAAGUCAGGGGCAUAUACUCACUUGAUGAAUAAGGAGGAUCAUGAAAACCUGAAAUGGCUUCAAAUCUUCAGCAAAUAUGAUCUGUAUAGCAAGAGUAAUGUUAGGAUUGAUGUGGAGAAAGUGAAACCUUACUACAUGUCCCUUAUUGAGAAGUAUUUUCCAGCCAAGUUGAAGUGGUGAAAUCUUCCAAUUAGAGCAGCUACGAAACAAGAUGCUUGUAGAUACAAAAAAACAAGAUUCAGGAACUAGCUAUGGGAUUUUAUUUGUGCAGUUUUUUUUUCCUUUUUCUUGGGUAGGGUAUGGUGUUCCCUUAUGUUGUUCCUAAUGUUUCAUAAAUAAAAGUUUCUUUGUUGAAAA